GAGGACCGGAGACACAGAGAGAGAGAGAGGAAGGUUUUUGUAAAGUUUGGAGAGAGUUUGAUCCAAUGAGUCCGGAGAGGCCGGUAAACAGCAGGAACACCGGAGAGAGAGAGAGAGAGAGAGAACAGAGGGGUCUGCAGGGACUCACCGGCAGCUGGACCUACAUGUCUCCGAGGUUUCUACUUCCUGUGACAUCUUCGCACCAUGCCUGAGGGGUCACGGCGUGGCAGCCAGAGAUCGCCUAGCAACACAGCCGCCAAGCGUCCCUCCUCAGUCUCGUCUCUGAGUGGGAUUGUGGGACGGAUGAUGUCGUCCGGCGAGCGAGGAGCCUCGUCCUCCUCCUGCACCUCCGUCAACACCGUCUGCUCGGAUGGAGAGCGUCCCGCCUCCCUCUCCCUCUCCUCCUCCGCCUCCUCUGUCUCCCUGCAGGACACCUCCCACUCCUCCUCCUCGUCCUCCUCCUCUUCCUCUCUGCCGUACGGCGCCGUGCCGACCUACAGCGCCUCCUCCUCCUCCACGCCGAAGAGGAACGGCUCGGACAUCAGCCUGGACCUCACUCCCCUCGUCACGCCUCAUGGGGGAGCAGCUCCUGGAGGAGGAGGAGUCUGUGUGGCGACAGGUGCAGGUAACCCUCCGGACAGACAUGGAGCCAAUCAGGUGGCGGCGCCGGUGGUGGUGGCCCCGCCCAGACAGCUUUCACUGCUGGAGCGAGUCGUUCUGGAGAUCGUAGAGACGGAACAAGCCUACGUCAGAGAUCUGAAGAGCAUCGUGGAGGAUUAUCUGGGCUGCAUCAUCGACUGCGGCUCUCUGCCUCUGAAGCCGGAGCAGGUCAGCUCUCUGUUCUGCAACAUCGAGGACAUCUACGAGUUCAACAGUGAUCUCCUGGAGGAUCUAGAGAGGAGUUCUCACGCUGCAGCCAUCGCAGAGUGCUUCGUAGAGAGGAGUGAAGCCUUUGACAUCUACACACUCUACUGCAUGAACUACCCAAAUUCGGUGGCGGUGCUGAGGGACUGUAUGAAGAACAAGAGUCUGGUUCGUUUCUUCCAGGAGAGACAGACGACUCUGAACCAUUCUCUACCUCUGGAGGCCUACCUUCUCAAACCGGUGCAGAGGAUCCUCAAGUACCACCUUCUACUACAGGAACUCUCCAAGCACUUUGACAAGAGCGAGCCGGGCUAUGAGGUCAUCGAGGACGCCCUCAUCACCAUGACGGCGGUGGCGUGGUACAUCAACGACAUGAAGAGGAAGCAGGAGCAGGCCGUGAGGCUGCAGGUGAUCGAGUCCCUGCUGGUGAACUGGAGCGGGCCGGACCUCGGCGUGUUCGGAGAGCUGGUUCUGGAAGGUUCCUUCAAGGUCCACCGGGUGAAGAAGGAGAGAGCGUUCUUCCUGUUUGACACCAUGCUGCUGAUCGCCAAGAAGAGGCUGGAGCAGUUCGUCUACAGCACACACAUAUUCUGCUGUAAUCUUCUGCUGGUGGAGACUCUGAAGGAUUCUCUGUGCUUCAAAGUGUCCGAUCAGACGAUUCCUAAACAGCAGCACGUCGUCCAGACAAAGAACCAGGAGGAGAAGAGACUUUGGGUUCACUACCUCAAGAGACUGAUCGUAGAAAACCAUCCUGCUUCUCUACCACAGAAGGCGAGGCAGGUCCUGGGAGACAACUUCUGCCAAACUCCUCAGUUCGACCAGGACAACCUGAAGAAGUCGUCGGCGUCGCCGCGACCGGACGACGUCCACGGCUUCCACAGAGGACGACGUCAGUCAGAGCCUCCAGAGCUGCUGAUGUACACACCGGAGAAGUCCAGGAAGACUCUGCCUCUGCUGCUGGACGGAAACCUGCCGUACCGACGCACCCGGAGACAGUCAGCUCCGGCCAAAGACAUCGAAGCAGCGUUUCAUCCAAACGACACUGUGCAGGCGGGCAGCGAGGGCGAGCUGUGCCCGGCGGACGGUCUGGGCUCAGCGGGCAGCAGCAGCACGCUGGCGUCCUCCGUCAUCGAGGUGGAGGCCGAGAGGACGGAACCGGGCCCGACGCCACAGCUGAGACCAAACCGAGAGGAGGAGGAGGAAGAGGAUGACGAGGAGUUGAGCCCCCUCAGCCCUCCUCCCACGCUGUCCAUCACAGAAGAGAUCCUGGAGUUCAUCAACCAGAGCAGAGCCAGAGAAGGACUCACCGCCAUUCACACCAACACGACGGACCAAGAUCUGAAUCAGCCCAAAGAGAGUCAGCCUCCAUCCAACCAGACCAACUUCACCUGCCCACUGCCCCCAGUCGCCUGCCACUCCAGCCCAGAACAAAUACCCACAAUGCACCAAGAGCAGGAACAAGCAGAGAUGGAGAGCGACAGCACCUUCCAAAGUCAGACUGGUGACCCUGGAGGGGAGAGCAGUCUUGAAAAUGAGAAGAUUACGACUGAAGUCCAGGAAAUUCAAGAUGCAGAAAGUGAAGUGGAGACGGGAGUGGAGGGGGAAGGAGAGACAGAAGGAGAAGUAUUAGGAAAAGAGGAAGAAGAGGAGAAAACAAAGGAUGAAGGAGAAGGAGAGAGCAGCAUCCAUGCAUUAGAUCUUCAUCCCUCCAUCCCAGCAGAGGAGGAAAGAAGGAGUUGUCCGCCACCCAGGGAGGAGGUGAUCACUGAAACUACAACUUCCUCCACAAAUCCAGAUCCCCCUCAUCCCCCCACCCAGAGAAUCCAUCCUCGCUCCAGAGGAUCCCACCUCACCAAGAGAGACAAGAAGAUCAUCGAAAAGAUCAGGAGUUACUACGAGGCAGCAGCCGAGGCCGAAGAGGAGGAAGCAGAGGAGGUAGAGGACGACGGCGAACGGGGAGAAGGAGUGUCACCCAGAAGGAGAAACAGUUUCUCACAGAUCCCAUCCGGCGUGGUGAAGGAGUCGGUAUCACGCUUUGAUAUCAGUGGACACCAGGGGGAGCCGGAGAGCGGACGGUGUAAGUGUGAAACAACGGAGGCGAUCGACGGAGAGAUAGAUCCAGAGAGAUCUUCCAUUACUCAACUCUCAGCAGAGAAUGAUGGACAGGCUGAGAAACCAACAAGCUCUUUGGAUUUUGAUGCAGAAGGUCAAACCUGUACCAAGAUUCAGGACGAGGAGACUCCGAACCAAGUGGAUCUACAGUCGACACCAAACCGUCCUGAUGGAGAAGAGGCUGAGAUUCAGGACAACAACGGAAAAGUCUGCAAAGGACCAUCGGAGGAAACGAUAGAGGAAGAGCCGACAAGUGUUGAUGAUGCCAGAGAGACCGGUGAAAAUUCACAUCCAGAAGAAGAACCAACUAUUACCAAACAGUACCAAUGCACAGAUGAACCAAUCCAAACCAGUGCUGGAAACCCAGCUGUGAUGAAUGGGCAUGAACCGAUCCAAGCAGGACUAGCAGAUCCAAACAGAAGCCACAAUGAGCCGCCUACUCCUCCGCCAGCUACAGAACAAUUAAAAGAAACUGAGACCAAAUCUCAGUCCCCUUGGACUAGAACCAAACACAGAGACCUCGAAAGAACCAUCGGGAACCUUGAAAGUCUCCCCAGUCAGAUAAAAGUGGGUCGCUGGUCCCGACAGUCCAGGAUUGUCUCCGCCAACCGGGUCUUAUUUGAGGACAUGGGGUCGGACGUAGCUGGUAUUGGGUUAUUCGAGGCCGGCCCUGUAGUGGACCCCCUGCUGAUGGAAAACUCAGAGCGCAUUCUGAGCAAGGUCCAAACGAUGGCCCGGAUGUACAGCGCCAAAGCCGGCACCAUGAAGGUCCCUCUGCAUCAGAAACGGGCCAGCAAUGUAUGGAACCAAUCGUGGGCUUCAGGUAGACCGUCUGGAUACUUGACCCAGACCCAAACUGAAAGCCAGUCGACUCAAUCUCAGACUCAAAUUCAGAAUCCGACUAAGUACCAGCUGCAGACACAAAACCAAAAGGAAGUUGGUCAAUCAGAGACCAAAUAUGGAUCCCAAACUCACUCCGGGACCAAAGCUCAGAGCCAAACCCUAACCCAAACCAGGCUGCAAUCCCAGAUCCAAAAUAAGAGCCAGAUGUGGAGUCAGACACAUUGCCAGAACCAGACCAAGAUCUACAGCCAGUACCAGACCAAAACCACGAGCCGGGAGGACCAAACGAUCCAGGAGGAGAGGACGAUAAAGGGAACAGAGAGCCUGACAAAUGACGUCCAGGAUGCGGUGAUGACCUCCUCUGAGCCUCUGCUGUUCGGUCAUGUGUUUGUCAAAGAGCAGCCGGCGUGUCACCAGACAAACGGAGUGACGCUCUCCAGACCCAGAGACUUCAUCUCUGCUUUGGCCAAAGAAAGAGACUGUAGAUCAAGUGACAACUCCCAGAUUCACCCCUCGCCUGAGGAGAAUCCACCCAGCUACAACCGUUCUUCUCCAGCGUCGAGGCGUCACGUCAGAACUCAACCUGAAGAACAGAGCUCCAGUCUGAGCUGCUCGGCCACUCACAGCCCUUUGAGCUUGGAUCGUAGAGUCACGGAGUUUAGAGACCUCUGCUCUAACGCUUCCACGGGGAGAGGAGAAGAUUAUUCACAAAGUGAAGAGAGAGAGAAAAGAGAGAGGUCGGAGCUGAGUGAUGGAGGCUCCGUUUCCUCCACAUCCGUGGACAUCGUCACCCGGCCAGCCGGCUCUGAUCCAAGUGUCUCUGCUCACAGCAGGCCACAGGGGGAAUCCUCCAAAGAUGGAGGUGAUGUGAAGGUCAAACAUGAGCAGGAUUCUCCAGCUGCCCAACCGGAUCAACAUGAACCAGAAUACAACAUUCCCUCUGGACAUACUCACAACAAAGAUAUGUUGACCGUAGAUGUAGAGGAAUCCAAAGGAGAGCUGGUUCUGGUGGAAGCUUCUGCACAGAGUCCAGCAGAGUCCAACAGACACACAAUGCCUCAGAGCCAGAGGGAAACACCUCAGCUGGAGGAGGGAGGAGCAAAGGCAGAAGAGCCCCUUAAUGAGAGAUUAAAGGGUUCCUCAUCACAAACCAGGAUGCUUCUACACGGUUCAGCUGUGAUCUUCACAGAAGAGUCAUCUUAUAACGGAUCCUCUGGAGAACGGGGGCACAUGAGUCAGCACAUGACCUUUGACCCCUCACAGGGUUCUAGUCACACCGUCACAGAGACCGCAGCGAGAGCACCGAGUCCGUGGUUGUCGGUUCAAAACUCAAAUCCUGCAGAACGUCUACCAACGUUCACCAGCAGGAGGCCGCAGGACCUACCAGCUGCUCCGUCUACCAGCAGUUCCAGGGAUCCGGUCCACCAGGACUCUCGACCCCCCACCAGCCUCCUCCCAUCGUCCAGACCUUCCUAUGAGAACCUGGUGGAGAGAUGGUCCCCGGCUGUAGACCUCACCACGUCCUCCUCAGCCUUCAGCCUCAGACACCGCUCCCCCUCCCCUGUUAGAGACCUCCCUUCCUUCUCCGCCUCCUCCGUCCGAGCUCCUCCCUGCUCCUCACCAUUCAGGGUUGUUCCAGCAUCUUCUCCCACCCCUUUAUCUGCUGAGGACACCUCCCUAAACACCGUCUCCAGGGCUCCUCCCUGUUUCUCCCCUACUCCCUCUCCUGGGAGGGGAUCUUCCUCUUCAUCUGUCCGAGCAGCUCCUCCUUCCUCCCCUACGCCAUCUUCCUCUCUGCGCUCCUCCCCCGUUGCUUCCUCCUCUGCAUUCACCAGAUCCUUAGCCGCCUCCUGUAUCAGCCAGUCCAUCAGUCAGAGCAUGGCGAAGAAGCAACAAGCCCCGCCCAUAAACCAAAGCCCCGCCUCCACGUCUUCCUUACCGACCUCUCACCUGCGUCGGCGCUCCCCUUCUCCUAAACUUCCUCCUGGUCAGCAGGGCUCCGGCUCGCCUGCGUACGCCCAGCUAGGGUGCUCCAAAGACGGGUACCAACACCCGCGGGGUCCCCUGUCCUCCCUCUGGUCCUCUUGUCCUUCUCCGUCUCUCAUGGCAUCUCCUCCUCCAUCUCUGAUGGCGUCUCCUCCUCCAUCUCUUUCCCAACGCUCCCCUUCCCCGUCCAUCACCCAUCAUCAGCCCUCUUCUCCUUCCCCUCGUCCCUCCUUCCUUCACUCCAAAGCCGACUCGAACGCAAACAACAACAACAACAACAGCAACAACGUUAGCUUAUCUGCUAUAAACCCGCUAGCUAACGGUAGCACCAACGCCCCGCUGAUCCCACAAACCGGCUCGCACAACCGCUCGGCUCGGCCCUUCUCCGCAUCCGAACCCAGCUCGCGGGUUCAAUCCCCGACAUCUCCCUCUCCGACCCCGGCCUCGUUCACACGCCUUUGCUCCCCUCCUCCUCCUCAACAUAAUUACACCUCCCCCAUGGCGAACAAGCCCCCCACCCUCGGAGCUCUCGGGCGGGAGGUGCCGGUUCCCAUAACCCGCUGGGCCUCACUUUGGAGCUGGCGAGGUCGGCGUUCGGGCAGUCUUCCUCGUGUCUGAGCCCUCGGAUU